GCGGUAGAUUAGGUCCGCGGGUCGAAGCAGCCACCGCCGCUCCCGUACCUUGUGGGAAGCACCUGCUGCCACCGCCGUCUCCUUCGUCCCUUCUGGGGCAAGGCCGGAGCCAGAUUUCCAGUGUCCCUAGUAGACCUCCUUGGAGCAACUUCAGCCAAUUCAAUGGCGUCCUCGACGACUGUGCCUCUGGGAUUUCACUAUGAAACAAAGUAUGUUGUUCUCAGCUACUUGGGACUUGUCUCUCAGGAGAAACAACAAGGAGUUCAACUAGAUGUCGCUCCACAGUCCCUGAAUCCAGAAGUUUUAUUAAAACUUAAAUCUGAGAUUGAGGAAGAACUGAAAUCCUUGGACAGAGAAGUCUCUGAAGCCUUCACCAGCACAGGCUUUGACUGUCACACCUCACCAGUAUUUAGCCCUGCUAACCCUGAAAGCUCCAUAGAAGACUGCUUGGCUCAUCUUGGAGAAAGAGUGUCACAGGAUCUGAAAGAGCCUUUGCAGAAAGCAUUGCAGACGCUCCUCAGCCAGCCAGUGACAUAUGAGGCAUAUCGUGAAUGUACAGUGGAGACUGCAGUCCACACCACCGGAUGGAAUAAGAUUUUGGUGCCUCUAGUUUUGCUACAACAAAUGCUUUUGGAAUUGACACGCCGUGGUCAAGAGCCUUUGAGCACGCUGCUGCAGUUUGGCGUCAUGUAUCUGGAGGACCGCGCAGCGGAGUUCAUCAUUCAGCAAGGCGGCUGGGGCACUGUCUUUAGUCUUCUUGAGUCUGAGGAGGAGGAAUAUCCUGGAAUCAUUGCGGAAGAUAGCAAUGACAUUUAUAUACUUCCCAGUGACAACUCCGGACAAGUUAGUCCCCCUGAGUCUCCAACAGUGACAACGUCUUGGCAGUCAGAGAGCCUACCCGUCUCACUGUCUGCUAGCCAGAGUUGGCACACAGAGAGCCUCCCGGUGUCCCUCGGGCCUGAGUCCUGGCAGCAGAUUGCAAUGGAUCCUGAAGAAGUGAAGAGCUUAGACAGCAGCGGGGCUGGAGAGAAGAGUGAGAACAACUCGUCUAACUCAGACAUCGUGCACGUGGACAAGGAGGAGGUACCAGAGGACGCGUUCCCGGGGGCCGCUGCCCCCUUGCUCCCACAGGUCCCUACUGUGGAAGCCCCAGAGAUGAUGGGAGUUAAGAAAACCAGCCCCACUCCGUCUGUGUUUGUGGAGCUUGGUGAGGAGGAGCUGGAGGCAGUAGCAGUGAGACCCGCUGCUGUGGAGAGGGUGGAGGGGGCCGCUCAGCUGAGUGAGGAGGGGGCUGGGAGCAGGAAAAAGAGCCACACUGGGGAGGCCAUUGCUGCCAGGGGGACAAAGAGUGGCCUGCCCGCCGAGGGCAAGGCUGUCCUGCUCUUUGGAGGGGCUGCUGCGGUGGCCAUCCUUGCAGUGGCAGUUGGCGUUGCACUGGCUUUAAGAAAGAAGUAACGGUCUUUUCAGACGAGAGACAAGACAGAAAGACCUGCGGCUUUAGUUGUAUUCAUUGAACUUAGAAGACUGCCAGCAACUGACUGGACAUUACAGGACACUGGGGAAUUGGGCUUUCUGUUCACCAUGGCAGUGACUUGAGAUAGUGUUCAUAUUGGCCUGGUUGUCAUUUUAAGGGCCUUGGCUCAUGCUAGAUUCAGGAGGACAAGCGUGAAGUUCCCACUUUAACAGGUUAGUCAACUUGGGCACCAUCGGCCUUCCAGUAAUUCUCUGUAGGAGGCUGCCCUGUGCACUGUAAUGAUCGGCCACAUCCCUGCCUUCUACCCACUAGAUGCCACCGGCACCCCACUCGCAAUGACGGUAGCCAGAAUGUCUCCUACAUUGCCAAAUGUCCCCUGGGGACAAAGUCAUCUCCCUUUUGAGGGCCACUGCUCUAAGAGGUAGAGUUAAAUUAGGAGAAUCUGUGGGAGGAGCCUGCAGCUGGGAUGGCCAGCUGUUCAUCCUGUUGCAGCUGGGACUGCCAGAUGUUCAUCCUGUUGCAGUCUCUCAGGACAGGUGAGCUGCAGACGGUGCUCUGCAGCUGGUUUUUCCCCUGGUCCCCAUUCUGUAGCGUGAGGUGCUCCUCAGCAUCACACGGACAGUCUCUCAGGUACCGCAGCAGUGCAGUGUCUCACCCUGUACCUCUUCCACACCCAGCAAGCUCCUGAAGCUUCCCAUGGCUCCAUCUUUCAAAGGUGAUGCCUUUAGGGACCUUUUAAACAAUAAAUACCCAGUCCAGGUGUGGUGGCACCUGCCUGUAAUCCCAGUAUUUAGAAGCAGAGGCAAAGAGAUUAUCCCGAGUUCAAAUCUAGCCUGGUAUACAUACGGAGACCAUCCGGGACUGUUCGGUGAGACCUUGUCCCAAGAAAAGGGAUAAAUACACUGAAGCUGCACAGGAGACUUAGGGUUCCCUAGUCUGAUGGCCAGCGCAGGGGACAGGCUGCAGUCGUUGGUCUUAGAGGCAGGAAGGUGGUCGACAUGACCUGUCAAGGUCUAUUUGACCUCUUACAAGUAUAGCCAGCCCGCCACCCCACGUGCCUAUGAUUUAGCAGUGACACCUCUGAGGGCAUACAUGCCAUCUAGAACCUGGAUUAGCGUGUCUCCCACUACCUGUUCUUGGGUGUUGGAAUAUCAUCAGCUUCUCUGUGGGUCUCUGAGUGUAGAAAGCAGUAUCAUCCUUUGGCUCACAGAAUCAGAUGGGUCAUAACCCUUACUCAAUGUAAAUCAUGAAAUAAAUGAUAAGGGAUUAUCAUUUAUUAUUAGGUAUCACUUAAAUGAAAAGUGGGACAGAAACUUGAAUUUAAGACCAAGACUGCUGCUGAGGUUCUAGUUUGGUCUUGAGCAAUCAAGAGACUUCUUGGCCUGAGCUUUAGCCCAGCACCAGGCAACAGACCCAGAGGACACCAUGCACUCACUGUAGCUAGUGGGACUCAGCAGAAUCUUGUAUCGCCUGGCUGACCCCAUCCCUCAAGGAGGGGUGGGACCUGUCCCUCUCAUGCCUGAGGGCACAGUGCCACCCUGCAAGGCACACGUGCUUGAUAAGAAGUCAUCUCAGAUUUAUCUUAGUCAGUCAUGUAACAUUACUUCUUAGAUCCUGAAAUUUAUAAUAAAAAUACUUUUAACUACUCUAA